AUGACUGAGGGCCAAAUGGUAACACUUUAUGUUACGUGUUGUAUUUUAGUUCUGUCAGACUUCACAGCAGCCGAAAGGUUGGAGCUAGAGAAUAUCAAGAUGUACAAAAAAGGACUUCUGAAUGACAUUCAGAAACUGAAGGAAGAAAUCGACAGUGUAAUGGCCGAGAUACUCACAUUCGAGUCAUCUGAGACUGAAGAAAGUAGAAACAUGGGAAAGAAAAAGUUCUCCAAUGGGAAGAAAAAGUUCAACAUGGACCCCAAGAAGGGUAUCAAUUAUCUGGUAGAGAACAAGCUUUUGAAGAAGAGUGCCGGAUGCAUCGCUGAGUUCCUCUACAAGGAAGAAGGCCUCAACAAGACGGCCAUCGGGGAGUUCCUGGGAGAAAGAGAUGAGCUCCACCUACAGACCUUGAAGGCCUUUGUGGAACUGCAUGAGUUCUCCGACCUCAACUUGGUUCAAGCCCUCAGACAGUUCUUAUGGAGUUUCCGCUUGCCCGGCGAGGCCCAGAAGAUCGACCGUAUGAUGGAGGCUUUCGCCGCGCGAUACUGCGACUGCAACGCUAACGUCUUCCAGUCCACGGACACGUGCUACAUCCUAUCGUUCGCCAUCAUUAUGCUGAACACCAGCCUGCACAAUCCCAAUGUGAAGGACAAGACCACGCUAGAUCGAUUCGUGUCCAUGAACAGAGGCAUCAACAACGGCCAUGACCUCCCCGCAGAGCUGCUUUCGGUAAACAUGGAGAAACUGUACGAAAGUAUACGCAACGAGCCAUUCAAAAUUCCCGAAGACGACGGCAACGACCUCACGCAUACGUUCUUCAAUCCUGACAGAGAAGGAUGGCUCCUCAAGCUCGGCGGGCGAGUGAAGACAUGGAAGAGGCGAUGGUUCAUCCUUACCGACAACUGUCUCUACUACUUUGAGUACACUACCGACAAGGAGCCCAGAGGCAUCAUCCCUCUGGAAAACUUGUGUGUAAGAGAUGUCCCUUUUCCUCGGAAACCUUACUGUCUGGAGCUGUACAACCCCAACAGUCGAGGUCAGAAGAUCAAAGCCUGUAAGACAGAGACAGACGGCCGCGUGGUGGAAGGCAAACACCAGUCGUAUGCCAUCUGCGCAGCCAGCCCCCACGAGAGAGACUCAUGGAUCAACGCUAUCAGGGCGAGCAUCACCAAAGACCCCUUCUACGACCUGGUUUCCCAGCGCAAGAAGAAGCUGAUCAAGCAGAACCAGAACCAACAGGACUGA